UGUACUUGUAUCUGUAUUCUGUAUCAGUAUCUUCAAAUAUUUAAAAGGGUUUUAGCCUCUAUCUAGGCCGGUUAUGUGGGUCGAUUUUAUUUCAUUGUAUGUGCCUUUCUAAUUGCUCGGUUAUUAUAUCCAGCAUUAUUAUUAUUUACACUACUUUUUUUGUCAAAUACGCUACUGUGUUCUUUUAUCUCUAAAAUUUUAUAUUCCGUAUCCCAGGAGCAUCAGAGGCGCUUUAUAUGAUAAAAGGCAUAUAUCAACAUGAUUGGCCUCGCCCUGUCAUUUCUGGGCUGGAUUGGCCUGAAUCCAAUCCCAUUGAUUGCUGGUCUAAUAGGAACUACAGAACCGGCUUUAAAACUGCUCAUAUCCAUUCUAUUGGGCUACCCACUUGGUAUUCUAUACAAUGAAAAAGUCAAACAACACAAAGAGUACAGAAACAUCUAUUUCAUAGUAACAGGUGUUGAUCUAGCUAUUUACAAUUUUGGCUUGUCUUUCAUCCAUAAUGCUAUACCAGCUAUUGUUAUUUACCUCACAACAAUGUUCAUUGGCGUUGGAAAAAUGAAUGCUAUAAUAACAUUCUUCUUUAACAUGGCCUAUCUUCUAACUGGUUAUGUUAUGACUGAAUCGGAAGACUAUGACAUCACUUGGACAAUGCCUCAUUGUGUUUUGACUUUGAAACUGAUAGCUCUAUCUUUUGACAUGUGGGAUGGAGAAAAGAUGAAUCAGGGAGAGGAGUUGUCAUCCAAUAAUAAAAAAACCGCAUUGCAGAAUCCACCAACCCUCUUGGAACUUCUUGGUUUUGUUUAUUUCCCUGCAUGUUUCCUAGUUGGGCCAAUAUUCUCAUUUAGGCGAUACCUUGAUUAUAUUUCCGACAAGUUCCCUAUAGACAAAGAAAAGGACAAUCUAGAAAAGCAAGCACUCAAGAGAUUGGUGCAAGGUCUGGCCUAUUUGAUUGCUUUUCAAGUUGGAGUUACUGUAUUCAACAUUAAGUACAUGAUGUCUGAUGAGUUUUGGGAAACGUCUAUUUUCUACCGUCACUUUUACUGUGGACUCUGGGCUCACUUUGCCUUGUAUAAGUACAUUUCCUGCUGGCUACUCACUGAGGCAUCAUGUAUUCGCUUUGGAUUAUCAUACAACGGCAUGGAAAAAACACAAUAUGGCGACGUAUCGAAAUGGGAUGGCUGCAACAAUAUCAAACUCAUGUGUUUCGAAGGUGCCACCAAGUUUCAGCACUAUAUCGACAGCUUCAACUGCAACACAAACUUCUUUGCUGCAGAAUAUGUGUACAAGCGACUCAAGUUCCUCGGUAACCGACAUCUCAGCCAAUUUUUCACUCUACUCUUCUUAGCUCUAUGGCACGGCAUCCGUUCAGGUUAUUAUAUGACCUUUUUCAAUGAAUUCAUUAUCAUUUUCAUGGAAAAGGAAUUAGAAAGCAUCAUUAGCAAAACAACCUUUUAUGAAAAAAUGUGGAAUUCCAACUUCAAAUAUGUUCUCUAUAUUUUAUUGAAAACUUACACUAUCGUCUUUAUGGGUUGGAGCUUGGCACCAUUUGAUCUCAAAAUAUUCUGGAAGUGGUGGCGCGUGUACUAUAGCCUAUUCUUCUCUGGUUUCCUCAUAUUUUUACCUUGGCCAUUUGUAUACAAGCCUCUUAUCAAGAAGUUUACUAAACCAUACUAUCUGCCAAAAAGUGAUACAAAACCAAAAACAAAUUAAACAAUUAAGGGUAUCAUCAUAUUAUAACUCAUUAUUUAUUUUUUAUUUCUUUUUCUGUUAAUUUUAUAUAUCAUUGUUUAUAAGAGGUUCUAUUGGUAUUAUAUAUAUGUAUAUUAAGAAUACAUCAUAAUAAUAAUUAUUUGCGUUUUAAGCUUCAUGUUGCAAAAGCAAAACGGGAUUAUUUAUAUUGUGCCUUUAUUUUUAAGCACUUAGCAUCUAAAUAUGUUGUUGUUAUUUAAAUAUUUGUAGGCUGAGUAAAUGUGAUUGCGAAAUGAUAUGUCAAUGUCUUAUACACAAACAAAUUAUUAUACAUGAUAUAUUUACAUAUGUAAUGCGUCAUUUUAAGAGAAUAUGACAAUAUUAUAGGAGUACAUUAUGAUUAUGAUAUUUAUCGAAUUUUAGCAUUGUAUUAAUGAUGGGUAAGCAAACAGAAUAUUUCAUCCAUUAGAUAUAGUGGAAAGUUUUAGUUACAGAAAAUAAAUAAAAACAACAGUAGUAGCAAUAAUAACUAAUUUUGGGAUGAGGUUGUUUUUGCUAUCAAAUGUAUGUCAUUAUUAUUAUUUGCGUAUUUUACAUUUAUAAAAUGAACUUUUAUUAUAUGAGGUAUAUGGUUUUAAGUUUGGCAAUUUUUGCUAAAUAGUAUAGAAUAAAAAAAUUAUACAUGAACUUAUACACAAUUAUAUUGCACUUUAUUUAUACACAUAUUUAAAAGCAAUUUGUUGCAGAGUUGUUUCAAUAUUCUUUAGCACAAUGAAAACAGAGUUUCUUUACGUCAUAAUAGAGAUUUGUUUAUACUGGUUAUGGCUUUGUCCAAGUAAGUUAUUCAGGCCUAUACCUACAGGAUCGGGUAUAUUUUUUUUUAAUAUACUACAAAAUACACAUAAACAUUUUGUAGUGUGAAAUUAUACCAGUAACUGUACGAAACAUUAUAUUAUAUAAAACAGCGAGAAAGACCUUAGCCGAUCGAUAUACAUUAUACAUAUUAUAUCGUAUAUAUAUGUACUUACAAGGUGCAUGAAAGUUAGGUACUUUUUAUGGUAAAAAAAUUACGCAAAUGGGCUCGCUGACGUAAUUCGGUCAAUGCUAUAUUUUAUUCAAAACAAUUCUCGAACCUUGUUCCUAUGUUGAUGAUGCAAAUAUUCCUUUUCCUUGAUAUGAAAUGUCGCUCGAUAAUAACAAGUGUAAUUUUUACCUUUAGUGUAGGUACUAUUUAAUGCAAAGUAAGUAUGUAUUACAAUUUUCCAGGGUUUUGUCCCUUUAUUAUAAAACCUAUACGUAUAAGAUAUUUAGAUGUAUCAUGCAUUUAGUGAUCAUUAUCAUAGCCAAUAGAUAAACAACGAGACAUCAGUUGUUGAAAUUGUAUUAUACCUACACUCAUAAAAUAAAAAUAUGUAUGUUUAACGUUAUAAAAGUCAUAUUUUAUUAAUGUAUUUAAAUGCAAAUUGAAAAAGUGUAUAUUAAAGUACUGAAAGCGUGCUAAAGAAUGUACAAAAUGUAAUGUGAAAAUCGUGUCUUACAAAGUUUGGUAGAUAGGAUUGAAAUGAAAGUGAAGCGGCAAAAUUACUAUGUAUAUUUAAAUUAUCCAAAAAGUAACUACUUUGCCAAGAUAUAAUAAAAUCAUCCAGCUUUUACAAUAAAAUGCACGAAAAUUGUUUUAAGUAAUUAUGGCAUGGUAGGUACUACAUUGACUGACUUUUGGAACCAUUUCGGAUCUCGAUGAUAUAAAAUUGUGAAAAAAAAAGAAUACUGCGAAACGCUCGUUUUAAUGAAAACAAUUAGACAUUGAUAUGUUUCCAAGUUUUCGUAUGUAUUGCUUGCCUUUAGUUGCACUGGUUUUCACUUAGGCAAAUGUUUUUAGUUCUGACCUGUUUUUUUACUCACAGACUAUUAUACUCUAUAAUUUUAAAAUAAGCGUGUGUUUUGCAAAUUCAUACUUUAUAUAUAUUUAAAUUUUAAUAUCUUGUCUUAUAAAAUGUAUACCAUCAUCGACACCUAGAUUUAAGGAAAAAAUCAUUGUCAAUGAUUUUCAUGUAGCAAAAGUAUUGUAUUUGUCAAAGAAUAGUUAGCUAAUGAGUAAAAAUAUGUGUCUAAACGAUUGAUGUUUGAUUUUAAACGGUUGUUUAUUAGUAAUAAAGUCAUGAAAGAA